AUGGUUCCCCAACGGCCUUCAAAUCUAUUGCCAAAAGGCUACAUCGGCGUCAUGAAAGCCGGCGAAGGUGGCAACGGGUAUGCACAUUUCUGCCUUCCAACGCAAGCUCUCGAAUCCACCACUGACCAAAGGCCAGAAAUAGAGACCCUGAAACCACAGCUCCGCGUCAUCAAGACGACAAAAAUCAUGUCGCUCUCAGACGCGCCCACCAGCCGCUUCAUCACCCUUGUCAACGAAAGCGGGCUGGAUGAAGCCGCCGGACCCUGGUUGGCCAUCGCUCCUAUCCUUGGGCGGACUUUAGAAAGGUUCGUGAAACCAUACUCCAGCGGUGGAAAGCAUCUUCCGAUGGAGUUUGUGUGGCACGUCUUCCUGCAGGCGUUCGAGGGGAUUGCCUUCCUCCAUAGCCAAGAGAUCAUCCAUGGCGACCUGUUUGAUAGGAAUGUCAUGUUCGAUCCCAGUCAACAAGAUUUCCCUGGGUUCCCGAAUGUGGUGAUAAUAGAUUUCGGGUCUGCCAAGAUUCUGAAAUCGACGAAGUUCCUGGGGCAGCAUAGCCCUGAGGAACAUCUUGCUAACGAUGCGUGGUCAGCCUAUGAUUUGAUCUAUAGGCUCACGUGGGAGGGCGUCGAGAACCGGAGGGUAGCUCCUGACGUAGAAGAUCCGUGGAACAGGUUCACCAAAGAUCUCGAUGAUAUGAGGUUGGCCACCGGCAACGUAUGGCAGGAGACCAAGGGGUGGGAUACUUACCUCUUUCUCAGAAAGUGGGGGAAGGUCGCCGCUGAAGCUCGGGAUAACACGCCCCCUAAAGUGUUCCAGGAGAUCGCGAGCGCGUUGAAUGUUGACAAGCUCCAUAAGAAGAUUGAUGACAGCUUGCAGGCCGUUGUCAAGCGGCAUGCAGGAACUCGUUAG